AUUACACGAUCUGCUUCCGCGGCGGCCGCACGUUCAAUAGUUGUCUAGAGACUUCUUUUGUCGAGCGGAACGUGCGAAGUCACAAGUUUGUUUACAUCGAUGCAUAGCGCGUUAGUUGACGCGAUUGUGUCAUCGACCGAGCGCCGGUUAUCUCUGAAUUAUGAGUGAAACGGACAAUGUGCGCGUUAGUGUUUUUGCGACGAAACUUUUUUGUGUACUCGUAAACUUUGCGAGAGCGUGCGAGCGGUGUCGGCCGCGACGAAACGGACAGUGAGCUUCAUCCGGAACUACUUUGUGCCAUCGAAAGUGUGAAGUGAACAGACAAUUUUAUCCAAGACGUUUUGUAGAGUUUUGCGAUUAGAUUUUUAAUAAUUCUAAUUUGAAGAAGAUUUUUUGACUUGCAAACUUUUUGGAGAAGAUAAAUUUUGAAUUUCGAAGAAGUCUUAAAAGUUUCAAGAGGUGGUUGAAAUUAAAAACGACCGAGUAGGUUUUUAUACACGAAAAAGACAGGACGAUCGGUCCACUAUUCUUACGCAGAUAAAAACAAUUGCGAGAGACAAAGAUGGCUAUAGCGUUCAAUUUGCCAAGCGAGAGAGAGGCUUCUGAGGAGAAUUUUUCCCGUCUCAACCGGCUGCUUGCCGAGUUGUAUGAGGUUCUGUGCCAUAUCUUGGUAUCCAGACAGCCUGGCCAAGAGAUCCAGGAUUCCAGGAGAGAACGACCGUACUCGGAGUCGGACGCAGACAGGCCACAAAUUCAACCGCACCACUGCCGAAGGUCCGCCUCUUCCCCCCCUCUAACAAUUUCCCUUGACACCGACUUAGAGGAUGACGUGUUCAUCAGUCCAAGGACAGACAACGGUAGCGACCCGUUCUCCACUAGAAACCUGGAGAUAUUCGGUUACGGGAGCCCUAGGACACCGGCGGGCGUUCUCCUGAGUCCUAGGAGGGAGAGGACGUUUACCUUCUCGGUGACUAGUGAGAAGCAUUGGAGGGAUAAGGGGGGGACGGAUGUCGCGGACGGUGUGACAGAGGGGGAUGACGCUGAUGUGACCGACGCUGCCUCAGUCGACUCUGUCCCAUCAGAUGACGAAUCCAGGAGUUCGGAGAGCUCCAUCUUCUCAUCGAUCAUCCCUGAUAAGCUGUCGGGGUCCAUUUGCACAGCAGUACUGUUCAUGCUGGGCUGGAAACUACUGACCAACAAACGGUGAAGUGCGACCUUCAUAUAUAGGAGCAAAAGCGUCUAGCGUGCGGAAAAUAACUGAUGGGUUAUUCUACGUUACGGUUCUAUGAAAAUUUUCAUAUUUUUUUCGUAUCAGAAUAUUUUAUUUACUAGUUAUGGUGUGGAUUUAUUAUUAAUUAAUCUCAAUGAAAAAAAAAACAAGAAUCACUGCUUUCAACUUUUGGGGAUUGUUAGUUUCUUCCGCAAUAUUCACAGUAAAACACAGUAGAUUUAGUGGAAAAAAUUAGAAUCAACACAGAAACCGACAGAAAAAAGAAAAGUCUUAAAAGCUGACUUUGUAAAAAAAAGAAUCUGUUUCACAUAUUAAGAUUUUAAAAUCUCCAAGCUUUUAAAAAAGGUUUUGCUUUACUUUAAAAUAAUAUAUAGAGUAAAAGUAGUUUUUAUAAGCAAUCAAUAUAUUUUGAUCGAAGAUCGUUAAAAACAAAAAAUAAGGUAUUUUAAAGGGCAUUACUAAUAAUAUAAAAUAUUCUGAUACGAAAAACAGUUGUCAUUAUUUAAAUUUUCUUUAGUCACUAAAGGCGUUAUCAAGCGUAACUUUGUUGAAAGCUGCGUUCUUGUUAAUUCGCACAUUACAUGUCAUGAUAUAAAUAUAAUAAGUAAAGACUUUUUGAUAAGAUUACUUACUAAAAAUAAAACAAUAAUGUGUUCAUUGCAUUUCUUUUUUAAUAUACAGACACCAGGUUAUUAUUGAUUUUGAAUUCAAAUAUUAACGCAUUAAACUUAAAAACUAUCGGUCUAAUUUGAUACUUUAGAAUAACUAUGUUCUGCUGAACUUAAUGUAUUUAUGAGAUGAAUCCUUAAAUAAAAUUACUUAAUGAAAUUAAAAAAUACACAUGAUAAAUUGAAGACAAAAUGUCCACCGUAACUUAAUUCAAUUAUUAUUAUUAUAUUAAAUAAAAUAUUAAUCGCCUGUCAUUUACAUUCCGCUUUUGGUGUUGAAAAAUAUACCCAUAGAUAUAAAUAAAAGUAUUAAGAUGUUAUUUAUAGAAUAAAAUGUAAAUUAGUGGGAGUCUUUCGAAGAAUGGACCAGUAUCCGUCGUUUUGUAUCGUAGCUUACGGAAAAAUAGUUCUUAUUUGAAGUCGACAUAAAGUCCAUUUUCCACAAAUUGUUCCAAAGAGAGCAACCUAAAAAUGAUCAUCGAUUGAUCUCAUUUUAUAUUAUUUUUUAUAAUGAAAAAAAUGUUUAUUUUAAAUGAUAUUUUUAACGUAUUUAUUCGUAAGCAAUUAUUGAAUAGGGUACGCGCAAAGUUGUUUGAAAUGGAGAUUUUAUAAGAAGGUUAUAUUUUAGUGCUAUCAUUAAUUAAAAUUAUGUAAAUAGAUUUGUUUUUAAGGUAAGACUAAUUGCUCUGUCGUUUCUGGUUUUCAUUUAAUCUGCUCCGAAUAUUCUUUGGAUUAAUGAAUCAGAACAUACUCGUAUUUCUAAUUAAUCAAUUUUUGAUUAUUUUAUGUAAAAUAAUUUUGAUGACAAGAAAUGUCAGAGCUAUUAUUUAAUAUAAGGUUUUUUAUACACUGUAGUAAUACUCUGUAGAUUAAAGCAAGCUGUUUAGUUUAUUUGAGGCUUUGAAUUUAUAUUUAAUCACUAUAAUUGAAUUGUCAUUAAUCAAAGAAUUACUUUUAUAAAUCCAUGCAUUUAUAGAAAAAUAAAUUCAAACAUUUAGAAAAAUUGUUUAAUUACUGUAUUAUGAUAUGUAUCAAAAUGGGAACAAAAUGUUUGGGAACAAAUUGUGUUUUCAUACUUUUUUUUUAAUCAUAAGUAUUUAGUGUUUUUAGUUAAGGUUAAUUACGGAAUAUGGAAGGAUGUGUUCAAAUGUGAUAAUGUAUUUAUUUAAGGAGAAGAUAAAAAAUAAAAAAAGAAGUUUUCCGAAUGAUCUCUUGGAAACUCUUAUUUGCUAAUGAGAUUUUGCAACUUUAAGCUAACAAACAUAAAGUUUGUAUUCGAAUUAACGGUUUUGCUAUUUUAAUCAAAUCAAAGAUGUAUAAAUCAUCAAUGGAUUUCUUUUGGUUAAAUCAUUUGAUUUUGUUAGCCUAAAGAUGAAUUAAUGCAAAGUAUAUGACGUUCAAGCAUAUAAGAGUUUUGUACAUAAUUUUAUGAAAAUUGGUAUGCUUUUUGCUCAUAAGACUAUAAGCUAGUAGAGAUUUUCUAAAUUUCCGCUAUAAUAAUAUAUUUAAAAUCACCUACUUAUUUUUAUACAAGACACUCUUUUUUCAUAAACAAGAACCACUUACAUUUCAUAACAUUCGUGUCUUUUGUAAAAAUAAUAGUGAGCUUGCCGCUUUAAAAUUUGUAACGUAUAUUUAUAAAAAAAAAAACGAUAAGCAAUACUAUUAUAAUUAUUAUUAACGAUAAUAAUCAUUUUAAUCUCACUACCGAGUCUUUCAUUAUCUAUAUGGUGUUUGAUAAUAAAUACCAAGGAAUUGUGAAACAUCUUUCCGAUUUCAAAAAUUGAAUACGCAUGCUUCUAAAAAAUUUCAAUUCCAUUAAAAUUUGACUGUGAAAGCAGCUCUUAUUUAAUUAUAAAAUAAUUUAACUUGUCUCAUUAUGCCAUUCAAAUUAAGUUACUUUGACAUAACUCUAAACGAUAUGAGGUUGUUAAUAUCCAUAAAUUUUGCAAUAUUAAUAAAAAGAAUAACAGAAUGCAGAUAGUGGAAAAUUGUGAACUCAUAUUUUUACCCAGAGGCAUACAUCAUUUUGUAUUAUAGAUCUCCAAACUAUAGUCACAUUAAUUAAAUUGAAUUUUAAGUUCAUUAAAUUGCAAAAUAAGCAUGCGUAUAUAAAUAAACUUUUAGAAUAUCUUCUAAUAUAAAAAAAUGUAUGCGAGUUUUUUUGUAACUGAACUUGUGAAUAUUAGUUAUUAUUUUAAAUAAACGUGUGAUCUACUUUAGGUAAAUUACAUUAAACAACGGCCUGUAUAUUUUAGUUAAUUUAGUUUCAUUUUUAAACGAUGUUUAGUUUUAAUUAACUCAUCUAUUACAUUUUGUAUUAGUCAUACAAAUUGACUAUUGUAUUAUUAUCGAGAUAUACUGUCAAUUAUAUCUGUUUAAAUAUUAAUUAUUUUGAAAAUAUACCUUUUUUUUCGUAAAUGUGACUUUAUUAAAUUUUCCUACACUCAAAACUAUCAAU